AUGGCAUCUGAUUCAAAUUCGCAACCUUCAUUUCUUCCACGCUCAUAUUUACCAAUCAUGAAUUCAAGUGAUUCUUAUGAUGAAAUAACUUCAGGAGUUUUACGCCAAACCAAACAUCGAAAUAUAUUUCAACGUUUCUUUGGAAAACUACAUGCUACACCAUUUGUUUAUACAGACGAACUUAAACAGUAUUCGAUUAAUGGAGGCAAUGUCAAUAAUAAUGGAAGAACAGUUCUAACCAAAAAAUAA